AUGCCUUCCUCUCCGCGCACCCCGAGGCAUUCCCGCCACCCCUCCAGUAUCGACGCGUCCUACCAGUAUAGCAGCACCACGUCCUCGCCACAAGACCGACGACGCUCCAGGUCCUCGUUGCAGGAUCCUGCAACGCCCAUUGGGACCAGCUUCAACAACCACGAUGGUCUCGACAUCGGCAUCUUUAGCAGCGGGGGUAUGGGUAUGGGGACGGGCAAUGGCAUGGGAAAUUUGGCCGACGAGCUGGCUGAUGCAUUCUCUGACUCUGGCGAGGAGGGCGAAUAUUACGAAGAGGAUACACUGGACCCCGAACAGCGAACGAUCGAAGGGAGAGUGGGCAUCGAUGGUAUACGGGACAGCGGCGUUGACGUUGCGGAAGAGGUCACUAGUGCUGUCACGAAGCCCACCAACCUGAAUGUGCCUUCACCGGUGCGUAAGGGCCAUGCGAGGUCAGGAAGCGGAUACGAUGGGAGCGAAUACGGUUCGGAAUCGGAUCUGGACUCACCAGGCAUCCCACCAAGUUUGAUUGCGAGAAUCGAUGCUGUCGAGGCGCUGGCACGAAGGGGCACGGAGAACAACGGCAGCCCGGCAGACGGCGUCUUCGAGCGUGUAACAGAGAGCCUCAAAGACCUGGGGUCCCAAACAGGCGUGGAAGGAAGCGCGACAAGGCUCAUUACUGCGCACGCCGCUCUCACGACACACUUGUCACAUCAGACUCGCCAGAUGCACAACCUGACUUUCCCGCUGCUCUCGCCUCUUGUUCCGCCGCCAGACCCAGAAGUUGUAGAUGAGUUGCUCCCGCUUCUUCUCGAGCUGUCCGAAUCCAUGCCUCGCCCCAUCGCCAAGGCGCACGACUCCCUCACAGCUCUGCACACCCUCACUUCAGACCUCAUCUCAAGCUUGAACUACCUUUCCGACACGUUGCACAUGUCGCGUCAGACGACACUCACAGCGACCCGGCGCCUCAAGAGCGCCAAGGAGCUUGUGGCCGAGAUGAAACGAGAAGAGGAGCUGCGUGACGAAGGCGAACGAUGGCUUACGCGCGGCAAUUGGGGCGAGAGGCUCGAGAACCGCGAAUGCGCCGGCGUCUGCGGAGACGUAGUUGGCGGCUUUGAGGAGGUCUGCAACGGAUGGCGAGCCAGGCUGCUCGAGCAGGCUGGGUCCGCUCCCGCCUGA